GACACGCCCAGAGCGCGCGGCGGCGGCGGCCCCGCCGGUGGCGUCUCUUGGACUGGUGCGGGGAAAGAAGCGGCGCGGGGGAAGCGCCGGGUGCGGCUGCCGCUCGGUCCCAGAGAUCCGCGGGCGGAAGCCGAGCGGCCCCCGGAGCGCGGGGACAAAGCGGCGGGAGGCGAGGAGCUCGCCCCUCCCUAUCCCGACGCCGGCCGGGGCGGAUGCGUUGCGGGUAGGCGGCGGCGGGGCCUGGGCCCGGCGAAGAUGGAUCUGGCGAGGACGAUAAUCCUGCUGUGCUCCUGGGCGGCCGGCGCCGGAGGCCAGUAUGGAAACCCUCUAAAUAAAUACAUUAGACAUUAUGAAGGAUUAUCUUACGAUGUGGAUUUGUUACACCAAAAACACCAGCGUGCCAAAAGAGCAGUAUCGCAUGAAGAUCAGUUCUUGCGCCUCGACUUUCAUGCUCAUGGGAGACAAUUCAACCUUCGAAUGAAGAGAGAUACAUCUCUUUUUAGUGAGGAUUUUAAAGUAGAAACAUCAAACCAAGUAAUUGAUUAUGAUACCUCCCAUAUUUACACUGGACACAUUUAUGGUGAGCAGGGAAGUUUUAGCCAUGGGUCUGUUAUUGAUGGAAGAUUUGAAGGAUUCAUCCAAACUCACAGUGGAACCUUUUAUAUUGAGCCAGCAGAGAGAUACAUUAAGGACAGAACUCUACCGUUCCACUCUGUCAUCUAUCAUGAAGAUGAUAUCAAAUAUCCUCAUAAAUAUGGACCACAAGGAGGAUGUGCAGAUCAUUCAGUAUUUGAAAGAAUGCAGAAGUACCAGAUGACUGGUAUAGAAGAACCCACAACAGAGAAGCCUUCUGAAGAGCCUGACAGCAAUGGUCCUCAGCUUUUAAGAAAAAAACGUGCCACUCAAGCUGAAAAAAAUACUUGUCAGCUAUAUAUUCAGACUGAUCAUCUGUUCUAUAAGCACUAUGGAACCAGGGAAGCUGUAAUUGCACAGAUAUCCAGCCAUGUUAAAGCAAUUGACACAAUUUACCGCUCAACAGAUUUCUCAGGAAUCCGUAACAUCAGCUUUAUGGUGAAGCGAAUAAGAAUUAACACAACUGUAGAUGAGAAGGACUCUUCAAACCCCUUCAGAUUUCCUAACAUUGGUGUGGAAAAGUUUCUGGAACUGAACUCAGAACAGAAUCAUGAUGAUUAUUGCUUGGCCUAUGUAUUUACAGACCGUGAUUUUGAUGAUGGAGUCCUUGGUCUGGCUUGGGUUGGAGCCCCUUCAGGGAGCUCUGGUGGAAUAUGUGAAAAGAGCAAACUGUAUUCUGAUGGUAAGAAGAAGUCUUUGAACACUGGAAUCAUCACUGUUCAGAACUACGGCUCUCAUGUUCCUCCCAAGGUUUCGCAUAUCACUUUUGCUCAUGAGGUUGGACAUAACUUUGGCUCACCUCAUGAUUCUGGGAUGGAGUGUACUCCAGGGGAGUCCAAGAACUUGGGACAGAAAGAAAAUGGGAAUUACAUCAUGUAUGCAAGAGCAACAUCUGGGGACAAACUUAAUAACAACAAGUUCUCACUCUGUAGUAUUCGAAAUAUCAGCCAAGUUCUUGAGAAAAAGAGAAAUAACUGCUUUGUUGAGUCUGGUCAACCUAUCUGUGGUAAUGGACUGGUAGAAGAAGGAGAGCAGUGUGAUUGUGGGUACAGCGACCAGUGUAAAGAUGAAUGCUGUUACGAUGCAAACCAAUCAGAUGAUAAAAAAUGCAAGCUAAAACCAGGCAAAUCCUGCAGCCCUAGUCAAGGCCCGUGCUGUACUGCGCAGUGCAACUUCAAGCUGAAGACUGAUAAGUGCCGAAAUGAUUCGGACUGUGCGAGGGAGGGGAUGUGCAAUGGGUUCAGUGCUCUCUGUCCAGCCUCCCAGCCUAAACAAAACUUCACAGAAUGCAACAGGCGUACACAAGUUUGCAUCAAAGGGCAAUGUACUGGCUCAAUCUGUGAGAAGUAUGACCUGGAGGAAUGUACAUGUGCUAGCUCAGAUGGCAAGGACGAUAGAGAAUUGUGUCAUGUCUGCUGCAUGAGAAAAAUGGACCCGGACACUUGUGCCAGUACAGGUUCCAGCCGGUGGGAGAAACACUUUGCUCGUAAAACUAUUACGUUGCAACCAGGAUCUCCUUGCAACGAUUUCAGAGGCUACUGUGAUGUGUUCAUGAGAUGUCGGCUGGUCGAUGCUGAUGGCCCUCUGGCUCGGUUAAAGAAAGCGAUUUUUAAUCCUGAGCUGUAUGAAAAUAUCGCAGAAUGGAUUGUGGCUCAUUGGUGGGCAGUAUUGCUUAUGGGAAUUGCCCUGAUCAUGUUAAUGGCUGGUUUCAUUAAGAUAUGCAGUGUUCAUACUCCAAGCAGUAAUCCAAAGUUGCCUCCUCAUAAACCACUUCCAGGCACUUUAAAAAGGAGGAGACCGCCACAAACUGCUCAGCCACCGCAGCGACAGAGGCCCCGAGAGAGCUAUCAGAUGGGACAUAUGAGACAUUGACUGCAGCUUUUUGCCUUGGUUCUUCCUAGUGCCUACAAUGGGAAAACUCACUCCAAAGAAAAACCUAAUAAAUCGUUGUCCCCAGUCUAACUCUCAACAAUUGAAGAAAAAAAAAAAAGCAUGAUUUGCCCUCAAAACAAGUGGGAAUGGUGAAUUUUUUGACGAGUGAAUCUUCCAGCUCAAAAAGAAGAAAAGCGUUUUUCUUGCAUACUUUUAAUUUAGUGGCACAAAAUCCUAGAGCAUCAUGGUUCUUUCUCCCUCCUGUGCUCUUCAUUGCUGCAUUUUCUUCACUUGCAGGCAAAUAUGGCUGUAGUAAAACUUUUAUUCAAGAAUUGAAAAAAUAUAUAUUUUUCAACUGCCAGACAAGGCUAGGAAGCUAGACCACCUCAGCAUUGGAGACAUGACUUGCCAAUGUAUAUACAUUGUUAUAUGCAGACAUGUAUUUCUAACGUACACCCGUACUUGUGUGCAAUUGUAAACAAGAGAAUUGCAAUAUGGAUGUUUCUUUGUAUUAUAAAACUUUUCCGCUAUUAAUGAAGAAAUUACUGUUUAAUUGACAUACUCAGGAUAACAGAGGAUGAUGGUGUGUAAUGGUCAAGGAUCCUGUGAUGCUUUACACAGCAAUUUUGAAUCAAACUUUUUAUCAUGAUCAAAGUUGUUUCAAGCACUCAUUUUAUCUUUUCUCAAACAGCUGCUAAGACAUAGCAUACAAGAUCGAAUGGUCUUUUAGAGAUACAGCAGGUGUUGUGCAAACUUUGCAAAUACCAGAAUGUUUCAAAUUUUUUAUAUAACGUCUGAUGUCUUGUAGCUCAGCAUCAAUGUUUUUAAUUUGUCUGAUCGUUCAGUUAAAUAACGAAUAGUUAGAUGAAAUCUUUCCAUGCUUUAGUAGAAAAUUCUGCCUGUUUUUCAACUUGUUUUAAAAAUUGCAACCAGUUUAUUUGGGAUGUUCAAUAUUCCUUCAUUGUGACGAGUUCGUGAUUCUGAGGGAUGAGGAAAGAAAUGGAAGCAGUGGUUUGUUUUCUUUUUUAAUUUAUCGGAUAUUUGAGUAACUUUUCAGCAAGAUGCUGUUGGUUGAUAACCACUAAAGUAGUGAUUCGCCCAGCUUAUUGUGGCAGAGUUAAAACUGUAGUUAGGACUACCAACUUUCCCAGCCAUUUUCUAACAGUAGUGAAGUUCAACAGCACAAUGUCCCAUUCCAAAGUUUUUAUUACGAAUGUAAAUAAUUGGCAUUUUUAAAAGUGAAAACAAAAGAUUUCUUAAGGUGCUUACUGCUAUGCAGGAGAUGAAAGGAGGGCAUUACAAGCUGUUUAAGCUUUUGAUAUAUUUAUUGCUUGUUUUCCAAAAGCACCGAGCUAAUUAGAGGCGUAAAUGGCUAUGAUUUUCCUGGCUUUGCUUAGGAGAAAACUUACUAAGGUUGGACAGGCUUCCUUUGUUUGUUUUGGGUUUUGUUUUUUCUUUUUUUUUGUUUCUUAAGAGUAUAAGGUUUACACAAUCAUUCUCAUAAUGUGACGCAAGCCAGCAAGGCCAAAAAUAUUACUGAAUAUAAUGGGAUCUCUUCCUUGUAAACUUGUACAGUAUGUGGUGACUUUUUCAAAAUACAGCUUUUUGUACAUGGUUUAGAGACAAAUUUUGUACAUGAAACCCUGGUCCAAUAGACUAUAUAAAUAAUUCUAAAUGAUCUUAACUAGAUAGAAGUGUAUGUAGUUGCUUUUAAAUCAUUUUAAAUACAUUUGUUUUAAGACUGUGCAAAGAUUGGAAGUGGGUUUGCAUUUCUAAAAUGGUGACUUUUCUUCAGCAAGAGUUCUUAGUAACUUCUUGGGUGUGGUAGACUUUGGAACAUGUACAUUUUUUGCCUGUAAUGUUAUCCUGUGGUAGGAUUUCGGCAGACAAACGCUGCCCUAUUUUAUUUUGAGUCUAAGUUAAAUGUUUUCUGAAAAGAGAAAUGUGCACUGAACUCUCCACUGCAAGUCAAGAUGUGGUAAAUCAAAAAGAAAGUUCAAGGCAAUGGAAUACUACUGUCAAUUUCAUGUCCACUGUGUUUUAUACAGUAUCUUUUUUGUUCACUUUGGAAAUUUUUACUAAAAUUGCAAAAAAAAAAUAAAAAUAAAAAUGAAGUAUUGUGCAAAGAUAUGUAAGGUUUUUUGAAACUUGAAAUGCAUUAAUAAAUAGACUUGAUGAAAUCA